GGGACGAGGAGCCUGGCCGGUCGCACCAUGAGCAGCGUCCCCACCGACAGGGAGGGCGGCCUCGCCGACACCAGCCUGCCCGAGGAGGAGGUGAGAACACUCUUUGUCAGUGGGUUGCCUUUGGACAUCAAGCCCCGGGAACUUUAUCUGCUCUUCAGACCCUUUAAGGGGUACGAAGGGUCCCUCAUCAAACUCACCUCCAAGCAGCCCGUGGGCUUCGUCAGCUUCGACAGCCGCUCCGAGGCGGAGGCAGCGAAGAACGCGCUGAACGGCAUCCGCUUCGACCCCGAGAUCCCCCAGACGCUGCGGCUGGAGUUUGCCAAGGCCAACACCAAGAUGGCCAAGAACAAGCUGGUGGGCACCCCAAAUCCCAGCACCCCUCUCCCCACCGCUGUACCUCAGUUCAUCGCCCGGGAGCCCUAUGAGCUCACAGUGCCUGCACUUUACCCCAGUAGCCCUGAAGUGUGGGGGCCGUACCCUCUGUACCCAGCGGAAUUAGCACCUGCUCUACCUCCUCCUGCUUUCACCUAUCCCGCUUCACUGCACGCCCAGAUGCGCUGGCUCCCUCCCUCCGAGGCUGGUUCUCAGGGCUGGAAGUCCCGUCAGUUCUGCUGAAUGCCGGGUCUCAGGUGUGUGAUGGUGGCCUACAGUCAGUCUUGUGGGUAUUAAUGGAGUCU